AUGGGUUUCAAUAACACUGUUCAAAAUGAACAAAGGAGUUGCAAAAAUUUUGAAAUAAAAAACUUAAAUUGGUUAAAAUUAAAUGAAAACCGGUAUUCCAAACUUUUAAAAGCUAAGAAUAGCCAAAUUACUAAAAAGUCUAAAUUACCACCUGAACAUCUAAGAAAACUAAUAAAUAUUCAUGGUGAUAUGUCAUCGAGAAAGUUCCAGAAUGAAAAAAGAAUUUAUUUAGGUGCACUUAAAUAUAUCCCUCAUUCAAUUUUUAAGUUAUUAGAAAAUAUACCAAUGCCUUGGGAAAGAGUAAAGUACGUAGAUUGUUUAUAUCAUGUUACUGGCGCAAUAACUUUUGUAAAUGAGAUACCAUGGGUUAUUGAACCUCUCUAUAUUGCACAGUGGUCUACAAUGUGGACAAUGAUGAGAAGAGAAAAACGUGAUAGAAAACACUUUAAAAGGAUUCGUUUCCCUCCUUUCGAUGAUGAAGAACCUCCUAUAGAUUAUUGUGAAAAUAUUUUAGAUGUUGAACCACUUGAUCCUAUACAAAUCAGUCUAGAUAAUGAAGAAGAUAGUUCUGUGUAUGAAUGGUUCUAUUUGGAUUCAAAACAACAAUUUAGAUAUCUUAAUAAAAAAGGGAGUUAUAAAAAACGCAAAUGGUACUUAACGUUAGAACAACUUGGUACUCUUUAUAGACUGUCUAUGCAAAUAUUACCUAUUUUAUUAGACAAUAACUCGUAUUAUUUAUUUAACAAAGAUUCAUUUUUUACUGCAAAAGCCCUAAAUAUUGCGAUUCCAGGAGGUCCAAAAUUUGAACCACUUAGUAGUGCUUCAUUUGAUGACGAAGAAGACUGGAAUGAAUUUAAUGAUCUUAACCGAGUAAUCUUCAGAUCAACUACAAGAUCUGAAUACAAAAUAGCAUUUCCACAUGUCUACAACUCAUUACCUAAAUUUGUUUCAAUAUCGGUUUAUCACUACAACGUUAAUAUUUUUGCGAAGCCAGAUAAUCCAAAUUCACCAAUUUUUGAGUUCAAUGAAUACUAUCACCCGAUAUCACCAAAUAAUUGCUCAUUGGAAAAUAUAUACUUAACUGAUCGUGAAAAAUUGAAUGAUAUUCAAGUUGAUUUUACCCCUUUUUUCAAUGAAUAUAGUCUUGAGACAAAUACUACAACUAAUGGAAUUUUAUUAUUUUGGUCACCAUUUCCAUUUAACAUUAGGUCAGGUUCAAGAAGAAGAAAUUAUGACAUUCCUUUACUAAAAGAAUGGUAUAAAAAUAACAAUAUUUCUUCCGAACAACCAAUUAAAAUUCGCGUUUCACACCAAAAAUUGUUGAAAAAUUGGAUAUUGAAUUCUUUACAUAAAAAAACUGCAAAGAAUUGUAAAAAACAAAAUUUUUUGAGAGUACUAGAAAAUACAAAGUUUUUUCAAUCAACGGAGAUGGAUUGGGUAGAAGUUGGACUUCAGGUUUGUAAACAAGGAUAUAAUAUGUUAAAUUUACUAAUUCAUAGAAAGAAUUUAACAUAUUUGCAUUUAGACUACAAUUUUAAUCUAAAGCCAAUUAAGACAUUGACAACUAAGGAGAGGAAAAAAAGUAGGUUCGGGAAUGCUUUUCAUAUUUGUAGAGAAAUAUUGAGAUUAACAAAGUUAGUAGUUGAUUGCCAUGUACAGUAUAGACUAGGUAAUAUUGAUGCAUUCCAACUUGCCGAUGGACUACAAUAUAUUUUUAAUCAUGUUGGACAACUAACUGGGAUAUAUAGAUAUAAAUAUAGAAUUAUGAGACAAGUUAGAAUGUGCAAAGAUAUCAAACAUAUUGUCUAUUAUAGAUUCAAUACUGGCUCAGUUGGGAAAGGGCCCGGAGUUGGAUUCUGGGAACCAAGUUGGAGAAUUUGGAUAUUUUUCCUUCGUGGGAUAAUACCCAUUCUUGAACGUUGGAUUGGAAACUUAUUAUCUAGGCAGUUUACGGGGCGUCAGAAUGCAAAUCCAUAUAGAUCUAUUAGUAAACAAAGAGUUGAAAGUCACUUUGAUCUUGAGUUAAGAGCUGCUGUAAUGCAUGAUAUACUUGAUAUGAUGCCUGAGCAACUUCGUUCUAGUAAAGCAAGGCCAAUAUUACAGCAUUUAAGCGAAUCAUGGCGAUGCUGGAAAGCUAACCUUCCUUGGAAAGUUCCGGGAAUGCCACCUGCAGUAGAAAAUAUUAUUUUAAGGUAUGUGAAACUGAAAGCAGACUGGUGGACAAAUUCAGCUUACUUUAACAGGGAAAGGAUUCGAAGAGGGGCAACUGUUGAUAAAACAGUUGUAAAAAAAAAUCUAGGUAGAUUAACAAGAUUAUACAUUAAGGCUGAGCAAGAAAGGCAAUUAAGUUACUUAAGGGACGGGCCCUAUAUAUCAAGUGAAGAGGCUGUUGCUAUUUACACUACAGCAGUUCAUUGGUUGGAGAGUAGGAAGUUUAUACACAUUCCAUUUCCUCCAUUAAAUUAUAAACAUGAUACGAAAUUGCUUAUUUUGGCGUUAGAACGACUCAAAGAAGUAUACAGUGUAAAAUCGAGACUUAAUCGCUCGCAACGCGAAGAAUUGACAUUGAUUGAAAAUGCUUAUGAUAAUCCACACGAAACUCUUGCCAGAAUAAAAAGACAUUUAUUAACUCAAAGAACUUUCAAGGAAACAAAUAUAGAGUUUAUGGACUUUUAUUCUCAUUUAAUACCUGUUUAUGAUAUAGAUCCAUUAGAAAAAAUAACCGACACAUACUUAGACCAAUAUUUAUGGUAUGAAUCUGACAACAGAAAACUGUUUCCAAAUUGGGUUAAGCCAUCGGAUAAUGAACCACCUCCACUACUUGUAUAUAAAAUAUGUAAUGGAAUAAAUAACCUUGAUAACUUUUGGAAGUACGAUGAUGAUUCAGUUGGCCUUUUGGUUGAAACGCAGUUUGAACAGAUAAUGGAAAAAAUUGACUUAACCUUGCUAAAUAGACUCUUAAGGUUAAUAACCGACCAUAACAUUGCCGACUAUAUUACAAGCAAAAAUAAUAUCAAUGUUACAUAUAAAGAUAUGAAUUAUUUAAACUCUUAUGGAAUUAUCCGAGGUUUGCAAUUCUCUUCAUUUGUUUCUCAAUAUUACCUCUUGAUUGUUGACUUGUUAAUGCUUGGAUUAACACGAGCAAAUCAGAUAGCAGGCCCACCAAGUCAUCCUAAUGAAUUUUUAAAAUAUUCAGAUAAAAAAAUAGAACUAGCACAUCCAAUUAGAUUGUAUUGUAGAUUUGUUGACAAGUUAUACAUAAUAAUUAAACUUAACAAACAAGAAAUAAAAGAAUUGAUUCAACGUUAUUUAUCUGAAAAUCCAGACAUUAACAAUAAUCAAAAUUUAAUAGGAUAUAACAACAAAAAAUGUUGGCCAAAAGAAUGCCGUAUGAGACUAGUUAAAAAUGAUGUAAUUAUAGGUAAAAGCGUUUAUUGGGAGUUAUCUAAUCGCCUUCCGAAAAGUGUAACUACAUUGGAAUGGGAAAAUUCGUUUGUUUCUGUAUAUUCUAAAAAUAAUCCAAAUUUACUAUUUUCGUUGGCUGGGUUUUCAGUAAGAUUACUUCCUAUUUGUAGAAUAGGAAGAAGAUCCUUUGAACAAAAUGACACAUCUUUUAUUAGUAAUGAAAAUUCUCAAUAUUAUUCUAGAGAAAGUACAUGGCAAUUAAGCAACAAAAUAUCGAAAGAAAUUACGACCUAUGUUUUUUUAAUGGUUGAUGAAUCAGAAAUUAGAAAUUUUGAGAAUAGAGUUAGGCAGAUUCUUAUUACUUCAGGUUCUGCAACAUUUACUAAAAUUGCAAAUAAGUGGAAUACUUGUUUAAUCGGAUUAAUGACAUAUUUUAGGGAGGCAGUAAUUUACACCGAAAAAUUAUUGGAUUUACUUGUAAGGUGCGAAAACAAAAUCCAGACUAGAAUAAAAAUAGGUCUUAACUCAAAAAUGCCAACAAGAUUUCCACCUGUGGUUUUUUAUACGCCUAAAGAGCUUGGUGGGUUGGGGAUGUUAUCAAUGGGACACAUAUUAAUUCCACAAAGCGAUUUACGUUUUACUAAACAAACUGAUUUAGGAGUCAUUUCACACUUUAGGGCCGGAAUGACUCAUGAUCAAGAGGAACAUAUACCAAAUCUGUAUCGUUAUAUUCAGACUUGGGAAAGCGAAUUCAUAGAAUCACAACGCGUCUGGUUAGAGUAUUCGUUAAAGAGACAGCAAGCUCAGUUACAAAAUAAGAGACUUACAUUAGAAGAUAUAGAAGACAGUUGGGAUAAAGGAAUUCCAAGGAUAAAUACCCUCUUUCAAAAAGAUAGACACACUCUUGCUUAUGAUAAAGGAUGGAGAGUUAGACAAAUUUUCAGGCAGUUUCAGAUUUUAAGAAAUAAUCCUUUCUGGUGGACUCACCAAAAACACGAUGGAAAAUUGUGGAAUUUAAGCAACUAUAGAACUGACAUGAUACAAGCAUUGGGAGGAGUUGAAAGUAUUUUGGAACAUACUUUAUUUAAAGGUACGUAUUUUUCGACUUGGGAAGGCCUUUUUUGGGAGAAAUCAUCAGGUUUUGAAGAGAGCAUGAAAUAUAAAAAACUGACAAAUGCACAAAGAAGUGGGCUAAAUCAAAUUCCAAAUCGCAGAUUUACAUUGUGGUGGAGCCCUACGAUUAAUCGUGCAAACGUUUAUAUUGGGUUUCAAGUACAAUUAGAUUUGACAGGUAUUUUCAUGCAUGGAAAACUUCCUACAUUAAAGAUUUCAUUAAUACAAAUAUUUAGAGCUCAUUUAUGGCAAAAAAUACACGAGUCGAUUGUAAUGGAUAUUUGCCAGGUUUUAGACAAUGAAGUCGACUCACUAGGUAUUGAAAUGGUACAAAAGGAAGCUAUUCAUCCCAGGAAAAGUUAUAAAAUGAAUUCUUCUUGUGCUGAUAUUUUGUUAUUAUCGUCUUAUAAAUGGAAUGCAACAAAUCCAUCACUUUUGCUUGACAAGAAGGAUGAAACAACGCCCAAUUCAUCAAUUAACACCAACAAAUUUUGGAUUGAUAUUCAGUUACGCUGGGGUGACUAUGACUCUCAUGAUAUAGAAAGAUAUUGCCGUGCAAAGUUCCUUGAUUAUACCAGCGAUGCAAUGUCCAUUUACCCUUCUCCUACAGGAGUGUUGAUUGGUGUUGAUUUAGCUUACAACCUCUAUUCUGCAUAUGGAAAUUGGAUUCCAGGGCUUAAAGAGCUCAUUCAAAAAGCUAUGGCAAAAAUUAUGAAAUCAAACCCUGCAUUAUACGUUUUAAGAGAAAGAAUAAGAAAAGGACUUCAAUUGUAUUGUUCUGAGCCUACCGAACCAUAUUUAAAUAGCCAAAAUUAUAGCGAACUAUUUAGCAAUCAGACAACAUGGUUUGUAGAUGACACGAAUGUAUAUAGGGUUUCAAUACAUAAAACAUUUGAAGGUAACCUAACUACAAAACCAGUAAAUGGCUGUAUAUUGAUACUUAACCCAUGUAGUGGAAAAUUAUUUAUGAAGGUUAUACAUACUUCGGUUUGGGCUGGACAAAAAAGACUUUCACAGUUAGCUAAGUGGAAAACUGCAGAAGAAGUUGUUGCACUUAUCCGAUCUUUGCCUAUAGAGGAACAACCAAAGCAGGUAGUAGUCACAAGAAGGGGUAUGCUCGAUCCUCUUGAAGUUCACCUACUUGAUUUCCCCAAUAUUGUUAUUAAAGGUUCGGAUUUGAGCCUUCCAUUUCAGGCACUUCUUAAGAUAGAAAAAUUUGGCGAUCUAGUACUUAAGUCCACACAACCAUCGAUGGUACUAUUUUCUCUAUAUGAUGAUUGGCUCAAGACAAUUUCACCAUUUACAGCAUUUAGCCGAUUAGUAUUAAUUUUAAGAUCAAUGCAUAUAAACCCAGAGAGAACGAAAGUAAUUAUUAAACCAAAUAAAAAUAUUAUUACAAUGCAUAAUCAUAUUUGGCCAUCUUUAACAGAUGAAGAAUGGGCUAACGUUGAGGUUUCACUUAAAGACGUAAUAUUAGAUGAUUAUUCUAAAAAAAACAAUGUACACAUAUCUGCUUUGACACAAAGUGAAAUAAGGGAUAUAAUAUUAGGAAUGGAAAUAACUCCUCCCUCGAUUCAAAGACAACAAAUUGCAGAAAUUGAAAGGCAAGUUAAGGAUCUUGCAAAGAAUACAUCUGAAUCUUCGGAUAUUACUAGUUUAACUACUAAAACUGUAAAUGUUCAUGGUCAGGAAAUAGUUGUAACAACUCAAACACAGUAUGAACAGAAGACAUUUUCUUCAAAAACUGAUUGGAGAGCAAGAGCUUUGGCUUCAACGACUUUAAGCUUAAGAAGUGACAAUAUUUACAUUUUGUCUGAUGAGUCAAUUAUUAGUAUUUCAAAUGGCUCGAUUACACCAUAUGUUAUUCCAAAAAAUCUACUGAAAACAUUCAUUGAGAUUUCAGAUUUAAGGACACAGAUUGGAGCAUUUAUGUAUGGUAAAAGAAUAAUUGAACCACUUAGAAAAGAUAAUUGCUAUUCAAAAAAUGAAUAUGAAGGAGAAUCUAUUAUUGAAAUAAGAUGUUUAGUAUUGGCUCCUCAACAUGGUAAUCAUAACUCUAUUAAUAUGACCGAUAUUUUGCCAAAAAACUCGGUAAUUUCAGAUUUGGAGUUCGUUGGACUAAUAAAAACCAAAGUUCAAGAGGAUUUUUCCGUAACUAUGUCUGAUUUUAAUUACUUAUCAAGAAUUUCUCAAAAUAAUUUGGAUGUUCAAAUAAAUAACAUUGCAAUCAUAAGUUGCAGUUUUACUCCUGGAUCUACUACCCUUUCUGCAAUUGAGGUGAACCGUGAUGGUCUCGAGUGGUAUAAAAAUAACAUCGACAAUAUAGAUUUAAACGAAGCUUUUAAAAAUUGCACAUCAAAUUACACUGAAAAGAUGAAGUUAAUACUUUCAGAAACUUAUAAUGGUUUUUUUUUAGUUCCAGAAGAUGGUGUAUGGAGUUACAAUUCUAUGGUGGUAAAGUAUAGCUAUUCCUCUAAAUGCUCAUAUAAAGUCGAUAAGCCAAAUGCAUUUUACGAUGAAGUUCACAGACCGCAACAUUUUUUGCAAUUUGCAUAUUUAGAGAGUAUAAGCGAUUCUGAUGAAUUCGGAUUAUUGGAAAUAGAUGAAAUUUUUGAGUAG